AUGCCGGCGAGCGACCGUCUGGACCGGGUCUUCGCCGCCCUGCUGGCCCGCCGCGAAUCCAAGAGCCAGCUCCGGAAACUGACCCUCGUCCCGCCCGGCGCCGCCGACUUCUCGUCCAACGCCUAUCUCUCCCUUUCGACCCACCCGGACAUCCAGCGCCGCUUCCUCGCCCGGAUCGAGGCCCACCUCGGCUCGUCGUCCGAGACGCCGCCACCCGAUGGCGGGCGGCACGACAGUGUCGUAAGCAGCACGCCCCUCCUCGGCUCCGGCGGCUCGCGUCUGCUCGACGGCAACGCGCCCCUCGCCGAGUCGCUCGAGGGGGACGUCGCCGCUUUCCACCGCGGCCCGGCCGGCCUGCUCUUCAACUCGGGCUUCGAUGCCAACGUUGGCCUCUUUAGCUGCGCGCCCCAGCCGGGGGAUGUCAUCGUCUACGACGAGCUCAUCCACGCGAGCGUGCACGACGGCAUGAGGCUGAGCCGUGCCGCGAAGAAGAUCGCCUUUGCGCACAACGCCGUCGACCCCGCGGAAGCUCAGCGGUGGCCACGGAGCCUGAGCGAGGUGCUCUCGGCGUUGACCGACGGCGACGAGGGCCGAGAGGUGAGGGAAGGUUCGCGGCGCGUCUUUGUUGCUGUCGAGGGGGUCUACAGCAUGGAUGGCGACGUGGCGCCCUUGAAGGAGGUUGUCGAGUGCGUCGAACGGCAUCUGCCCCGUGGGAACGGGCUCAUCAUCGUCGACGAAGCCCACUCGACAGGCCUGCUUGGCGAGAGAGGCCGGGGGCUGGUGUGCGAUUUGGGCCUCGAAGAUCGCGUAUGGGCUCGCGUGCACACAUUCGGUAAAGCAAUGGGCUGCUCUGGAGCCAUCGUUCUGUGCUCUCAGAUCACCCGGUCAUAUCUCGUCAACUACGCCCGUAGCCUCAUCUACACCACCGCCAUGCCGUUCACGUCGCUGGCGGGUAUCCAGACGGCGUACGACUUCAUCGCCAACGGCCACUCCGAGGCCCUCCUCAGCCACCUCUGGUCCCUCGUCGCCCAGACCAACGACCUGCUGCUGACGCUGCUGGAUCGGCACCGACCGGAGAGGACCUUGAUGCAUCUGGCUCCGGGCAAGCCGAAGUCCCCCAUCAUACCCCUGUUCACCUCGGACCCGCGCGGUCUCGCGCAGCACUGCCAGCGACGUGGUUUCAUGAUCCGGCCCAUCGUCGCGCCCACGGUGCCGGUGGGAAGCGAGCGGGUCAGGAUCUGUCUCCACGCCGGCAACACCUUUGACGAGGUCGAAGGUCUGGUCUCCGCCAUCGAGGGCUGGCUGGUCGCUCAGCCAAUACACCAAGGGGAACUCUUCGAUCGUGCGCUGAUUGCUCGAUCGGCGGCGCCCAAGUCCCGGCUGUGA